AUGCUCUUCCUGCUCACUUUAUUUUUAAGUUUUAUUUCUGUUAUUUUUGCCUACACAAAUUCUUCAUCCUCUGAAACUUCCUCUGAUACCUGUGCUUCCCUUUACUAUCAAUGUGGUGGGCUUAAUUGGGAAGGCUCAACUUGUUGCUCUAUUGGAACAUGUGUAAAACACAAUGACUACUACUGGCAAUGUCAAGAAGAUGAUGCCACUUUGACCUCAACCUAUAUUGAAUCCGAUUAUUCCAUCAAUUUUAAUGAAACAGAUGCUGAUAGUGAUUCAAGUUCCGAAACUGGGUAUGAUUACGAGUAUGGCUUUCAUGUUUACACUAAUUCUACCGGAAGUUAUACCAAUGGGUCAUCAAGUGCAACUACUGCUGAUGUAAUCUCAACCACUGCUGAUGUAAUUUCAACAAGUCCAGAAAAUGAUAACUGUGUUGGUCUUGACUAUCAAUGUGGUGGAAUUGGUUGGGCUGGGCCAACCUGUUGCUCAGUUGGAACAUGCGUAGAAUCAAAUGAGCACUAUUGGAAAUGUUCUGGUGAUGAAACAAUUUCAUCACUGACAACUACUUUAGAAGAUGAAGAGGAUUAUGUUACAGUUUAUAUUAAGAAAUUUGUAACCAUUACAACAGAUGUUUACACUACUCUUUCAAUAGAUGCUGAAGGAUCCACAUCAGAACUCGCCUAUACUUCAACAAAUAAAAUUACAAUGACAUUAACAACAUCAAUUCGUGGUAACAAUACAGUCACAUCUAGUUAUAAUAACUAUCCUCCAGUUGCAACAUCCAAUUCUUAUUAUGAAUCAAGUCUUGAUGGUGUUUCUGCUACAAACAACAAUAGCACUUAUGUCACAACAGCUUACUAG